AUGGGCUCCAGCAUGCGGAAGAAGAAGGAGAAGGCGAAGGACUUCCAGAAAACGAAGUUGAAGGUCGGCAAGGCCAAGGCCAAGCCUGCCAACUUCACCGAUACCAGUUUCAAGUCAAAGUCCAUCAGCAUGGGCCAACAGAGCCUCUCCACGGAAGCACCAGAGACAGCCGCCCAGUUCAAGCACAGCCUGUCGCUCGCAACGACGUCCCGAUCUGAGAAGACGCGCCGCGAGGCGCUUGCGAACUUGACGACACAAGUUGCUUCCGGCAGCAACCCCAUCGGAACCGCCACCGUGCUCGCCAAGGUGUUGCCCCUGAUUUCCGACGCCUCAGGACCCGUACGCCUUCAGCUGCUGAAGCUGAUGCAAGAGCUUCCCGAAGGAGAGAUCAGGAAUCACGCCGACAGGUGCGUCAUGUAUGUUCGGGCCGGCAUGACCCAUCUCUCCGUCGACAUUAGCAACGACUCCCUCUCCGUUCUGGACUGGCUGCUCGCGGUCGCCCCGGAGGAGACCGUGUCGUGCCCUGGCGGCUGGGUGAAGACGAUCAACAGCUUCUGCGCUCUCAUGGGCUGGUCCGUAUCUGCCGCCAAGGGUUGGACGGCGGCGCCCAAGGCCGGGUUGAAAGCCAAAGAUGCCGAGUCUCGCACACGCCAGUUCAAUGUCUUGACGAAACUUGUCGAGGUCGGUCUCAAGGCCGAGGCGUCCCCGCAGAGGAACACAAAUGCCUACUGGGACAGCAUCUACCGCGUUCCUCGCACGCCACACGCCUUUGCGUAUCUCAACCUGUUCGGAUCCAGACGGGACGAAGAAGCCGAGAUGUACGAGGACCGAGAAUCGCGACAGCGCGUCUUCAACCGAAGAUUUGAGACGUCUUUCGCCAAGGGGAUCGAGCAGGCCAAAAAGGAGGGUGGUACCAUUGGGCGGGCCGGCUCGUUGCUUGAAAAGGCCAUGAGAGACGGCAUGCAGGGGUUCGAGCCGACGACAGCAGUCGAUCCGCAAGAUCUUCUUGAUCUCUGGUGA